UAUUGCCAUCUGACACACAUCUAGCACAUAUCUGACACUCUCAUCUAUCGACCUGUCAAAAUAAGCUACAGCUCCAACUCACGUUAUCUAUUCCACUCCAUUCAAUUGUCAAACUGCCAACACUCCUUUCAUCUCCACGAACAAACGACUAUUAUUCUUACAGAGGAUUAUUCACUUGGAUAAAAUGGGAAUGAGCGAGAUAAACACGUGGGUACUCAUUCGUCGUUAUGAUAAACUCGAAUCGGAGCAUACAAAUCUCCAGACGACACUCCAGCUGUUCACCCUGACCCCUAAUAUGGUUUCUGAGGAACUCAAGUCCUCGAUUUUUCGGUGGAUCGGUGUCGAGGACGAUGGGUCUAAAUUCCUGAAGAUUCGGAGACACGACAAUAAUCUCAUUCCAUUCUCAACUUUGUUGAGUGGAGCAACUAGAGACAAGCCUUUCAUAAUCGAUGUCGUGGCGAUACAUCAAUUUUGCCCAGUGGAACAACGCACAAUUCUCCCGGACUAUAUAGAUGCUCUGCGUUCUUCAUUCUACAAUCUCGAUAAUCGAGUGAAACUUGUGGAGCAGGCAAUGCCCAAUCUUACGACUUGUCAAAUGCAGGCAUUCGAGGAGACUGUCUCCCACAUCUCCAACUGCGUGAGUUUCCUGGAUCGUCGUCUCGACGAGCUUGCCCCACCCAUCUGGAGAAAUCAAGCUAAGAGUGCCAUUUGAAAUAUGGGAAUGUCUUCUUCAUUCUCUUCACUCACACUGGGUGAAGAUAAUGAAGCCACAGACAGUUCAAACCCAGAAAAACCAGUAUAAUCUCAUCCCCAAGUUAUUCCCUUAAGGAUUGAAUAUUCCAAAAUAUAAAAUUGUCUUUUGAAGAAUAUUUGCUUUGAAAAUGAUAUGAAUGGAAAGACUAAAAUUGUGUCGUAAUUUAAUUCACAGGUGAAUUAAAAUCGAUGAUUUAUUUAUAUUUGUUCAUGUUCCAGGGGAAAAUUUUAAUGAAAUAUUCUUCAUUUGAAGAAAAUCCA